GCAGGUGGAAGAAUCUGAGGCCUUUAUCCUCUGUCCAGCUUUGCAGGUCGGGUAGCCUCUGCUUUCAGACAUCUCCUCAUUUCCACCUGCCAACCUGUCUGAUAUGUCGGGACCCGUGCCGAGCAGGGCCAGAGUUUACACGGAUGUGAACACACACAGACCCCGGGAGUACUGGGACUAUGAGUCGCAUGUCGUCGAGUGGGGAAAUCAAGAUGACUACCAGCUAGUUCGAAAAUUAGGCCGAGGCAAAUACAGUGAAGUAUUUGAAGCCAUCAACAUUACAAAUAAUGAAAAAGUAGUUGUUAAAAUUCUCAAGCCUGUUAAAAAGAAGAAAAUCAAGCGUGAAAUCAAGAUCUUAGAGAACUUGCGAGGCGGUCCCAAUAUAAUCACUCUUGCAGAUAUAGUAAAAGAUCCUGUGUCUCGGACACCCGCUUUGGUUUUUGAACAUGUAAACAACACAGACUUUAAGCAAUUAUACCAGACAUUAACAGAUUAUGAUAUUCGAUUCUACAUGUAUGAGAUUUUGAAGGCUCUAGAUUACUGCCAUAGCAUGGGAAUCAUGCACAGAGAUGUCAAACCUCACAACGUCAUGAUUGACCACGAGCACAGAAAGCUUAGACUAAUAGACUGGGGUUUGGCUGAAUUCUAUCACCCUGGCCAAGAGUACAAUGUCAGAGUGGCUUCCAGAUAUUUCAAAGGACCCGAACUCCUUGUAGAUUAUCAGAUGUAUGAUUACAGUCUGGAUAUGUGGAGCUUGGGUUGCAUGUUGGCUAGUAUGAUAUUCCGAAAGGAGCCAUUUUUCCAUGGCCAUGACAACUAUGAUCAGCUGGUGAGGAUAGCCAAGGUGCUGGGAACAGAAGAUCUCUAUGACUACAUUGACAAAUACAACAUUGAACUGGAUCCACGUUUCAAUGACAUCUUGGGCAGACACUCCCGUAAGCGAUGGGAGCGCUUUGUUCACAGUGAGAACCAACAUCUGGUGAGUCCAGAAGCUCUGGAUUUCUUAGACAAGCUGUUGCGAUAUGAUCACCAGUCACGACUCACAGCGAGAGAAGCCAUGGAACACCCUUACUUCUAUCCCAUCGUGAAAGAUCAGGCUCGGAUGGGCUCGUCCAACAUGCCGGGUGGCAGCACUCCUGUCAGCAGUGCGAGUAUGAUGUCAGGGAUUUCUUCAGUGCCAACACCUUCCCCCCUUGGACCUCUAGCCGGCUCACCCGUCAUUUCUGCCACCACCACCCUGGGGAUGCCCGUUCCAGCUGCUGCCGGCGCCCAGCAGUAGUGAUGGGCUCUGUCUCCUGCUGCCUGAGCUGAGUCAGGUGGGGAAGAGGUUUCCCCCUCCACCUCUCCUCAGGACGCAGCUCGUGCCUGGCAGGGGAAGGGAGGGGAUGAACGCUUUGGAGGCACCGUGUCUGAACUGUUGCUUGUGGAUUUAUAGUAGUUCAGUCAUUAUAUACAAAAAUUAUUAUAGGCUGA